AUGGUGAAGAGCUUCUUUGUUCUUCCGGUCAUCUUUCUGCUGCUGCUGCUGCUGCUGUUUCUGUUCUCGCCUGCUUCGGCGGACGGAGAAGAAGCUUACCUGAAUUGGGUCAAGCAUGUGGGAGAAGGGCGGAAGGGAUCAGCGUCCGGCAAGCUGGAGAACAGGCACAAGCCCUGCUUGGAGCUCACGGUGGAGAAGAAGAACUCCUCCAAACCCGGCAGCUUCGUCUCCGUCCAGGCGGCCAUUGACUCGCUUCCCCCCGGCAACAGCUGCCGAGUCGUCAUCUACCUCCGCGCCGGAGUCUACGCGUGAGUCUACUCUCUCUCUCUCUCUCUCGAUCUCUAUCUCUAUAUCUUCUGAUAGAGUUAAAGUUGCAGGGAGAAGGUGACGAUUCCGGGGAGGAAGGCGUACGUGACGCUGCUGGGCGAGGGGAGGGAGAGGACGAUAAUCCAGUGGGGCGACACAGCGGACGGAGAGGGCCCCGAGGGGCGGCGGCUUGGCACGUUCGGCUCCGCCACCUUCGCCGUCAACUCCCCCUUCUUCGUCGCCAUGAACGUCACCUUCAAGGUAGAAAGAAAACCCAGGAUCCAAGAAGAAGAACAACAUAACGAUAACGAUAAUGGGUGCAAGGACUGUUUUUUUUCUCAGAAUGUGGCGCCGCCGGCGCCGGCGGGAGCGGAGGGGAAGCAGGCGGUGGCGCUGAGGAUCUCCGGGGACGCGGCGUUCUUCCUCGGUUGCGGCUUCCAUGGGGGGCAGGACACGCUGUACGACCACCGGGGGAGGCAUUUCUUCAAGGACUGCUUCAUCGAGGGGUCGGUGGACUUCGUCUUCGGCGACGGCCGGUCGCUGUACGAAGGUUGCCGCCUCCACGCGGUGGCAGAGUCGUACGGCGCCGUGGCGGCGCAGAAGAGGGAGAGCUUCUUGGAGGAGACGGGCUUCUCCUUCCUCCGGUGCAGGGUGACUGGUUCGGGGGCGCUCUACUUGGGCCGAGCAUGGGGAACCUUCUCAAGGGUGGUCUUCGCCUACUCCUACCUGGACAAGAUCGUCGUCCCCGACGGCUGGUACGACUGGGGCGACAGGAACAGACAGACGUAAGAGAUAGAGAAGAGCGUUUUUUUGUCGUCUUCUUUUACGUGUACGGUAAUGAUUGGUUGCACAGCAGAACGGUCUUGUUCGCUUCUCAUCAAAUAUAUUUUUACCCUCUUCUAUUCGUGUACGCAUAUGAUUGAUCCACAUCAGAUGCGUGUACGUAUGGUUCGCACUGCAGGACGGUCUUCUUCGGGCAAUACCGGUGCAGCGGGCCGGGGGCCAGCCUGUCGGGGAGGGUCCGGUGGUCGAGGGAGCUGACGGCGCAGCAGGCCGAGCCGUUCCUCUCCACCGAGUUCGUCGACGGGUCCGAGUGGCUCGAGCCGUGA